CGCAGCGUGGCAUCCUCCCCCCUCCCUCGGAUUGUUGUAACUGCACCUGCUGCAUGUGACCGGCCGGAGCCACAGCCUUGGUGACGAGCAGCCGCAGCCCUGCCGGCUCCCGCCCAGCUCUCAUUGAGAAACGGGGACACAGAGCACGAGGAGGGGGAGAAGGAGACGUGUCCCGCACAGCCACCUCCCCCCCUGCAGACCCAAGGACCCUCCUGGAAUGACAGCGACUCCCUCGGGAGUUUGGGGACAGCCGGGAGAGGCGGAAGCCGGCAGAGAGCAUCAGAGGAUGAGCAGAGCUGUUCGGGGAGCAGGGCAGUCCUCUGCAAGGAAUCUCUCAGGCCCCGCAGAGCUUUCUGGAAAAGUGCUGUUUGCUGAGCUUUUCCCGAGGAAUCUCAAUCCGGCUGAGAAGACAGUUGCUAGUCAUAAUAUCAAUAAAAUGCAAAAACCAGUUCCUGCUGGUUUUGAAUGGGAGAGGUAGCUGGCUUGCUGCAGUUUUCCUGUGACAUUGUGGAAUGUCUGCAGAAACUGAAAAAAAAUAUACCUUACAAGUCAAGGUUUAGGCAAGCGAAAAGGAAGGUUUUUUUUUUUUGCCAAAAGGAGUCAAUGAGAGGUGGGAACUUAUCCCUAAGCCGGGACGUGGUGGAUCAAAACCUCUGAGUUCUAGGAAUCAGCACUUCAGACCUCACAGAUAAACAGACAUGAGGAGUGGCCUCGGGGUCCCGCUCAGGGGCAGGUUUUAAGCCCCAGGCCUGUAUGAUGCCUGAAGACCGGACCUCGGGGGGCUGCCCCAUGGGUGCCUUAGCCCCAACCCCCUUCAUCCCCAAAACCACAUACAGAAGGAUCAAACGGUGUUUUAGUUUUCGGAAAGGCAUCUUUGGGCAGAAACUGGAAGACACUGUCCGCUAUGAGAAGAGAUAUGGGAACCGUCUGGCCCCAAUGUUGGUGGAGCAGUGCGUGGACUUUAUCCGACAAAGGGGGCUGAAGGAAGAGGGUCUCUUUCGACUGCCCGGCCAGGCUAACCUUGUUAAAGAGCUGCAGGAUGCCUUUGACUGUGGGGAGAAGCCAUCGUUUGACAGCAACACUGAUGUACACACCGUGGCAUCGCUUCUGAAAUUGUAUCUCCGGGAACUUCCAGAACCCGUUAUUCCUUACGCCAAGUAUGAAGAUUUUUUGGCAUGUGCCAAGCUGCUGAGCAAGGAGGAGGAGGCAGGUGUUAAGGAAUUAGCAAAGCAGGUGAAGAGUUUGCCAGUGGUCAAUUACAACCUCCUCAAGUAUAUUUGCAGGUUCUUGGAUGAAGUACAGUCCUAUUCUGGAGUUAACAAAAUGAGUGUGCAGAACCUGGCAACUGUCUUCGGUCCUAACAUCCUGCGACCCAAAGUGGAAGAUCCUUUGACUAUCAUGGAGGGCACCGUGGUGGUCCAGCAGCUGAUGUCGGUGAUGAUUAGCAAACACGAUCGCCUCUUCCCUAAAGAUGCAGAACCACCAAGCAAGCCCCACGAUGGCGUGAGCAACAACAACAACGAGACUCAGAAGAAAGCCACCGUGGGUCAGUUGCAGAACAAGGAGAACAAUAAUACCAAGGACAGCCCUGGGCGGCGGUGCUCCUGGGAUAAGUCCGAGUCACCGCAGAGAAGCAGCGUGGACAACGGGUCACCCACAGCUCUACCGGGCAGCAAAACCAACAGCCCAAGGAAUAGUGUUCACAAGCCCGAUGUCUCCAGGAGCCCCCCUCUCCUGGUCAGAAAGAACCCAGCCUUCAGCAAGGGCAGUGGGAUCGUCACCAAUGGGUCCUUCAGCAGCAGCAAUGCAGAAGGCUUUGAGAAAACCCAAACCACCCCCAAUGGCAGCCUGCAGGCCAGACGGACCUCUUCGCUGAAGGGGUCUGGAACCAAAAUGGGCACCCACAGUGUGCAGAACGGAACCAUGCGGGUGGGUGUCUUGAACAUCGACGCCCUCGGGAACCCCGCGAACGGUCGCAGCAUGAGCUGGCUGCCCAAUGGCUACGUGACCCUGAGGGACAACAAGCAGAAGGAGCAGUGCGGAGAGUCCGGCCAGCACAACAGGCUGUCCACCUACGACAACGUCCAUCAGCAGUUCUCCACGCUGAACCUUGAUGACAAACAGAGCGUGGACAGUGCCACCUGGUCCACCUCGUCCUGCGAAAUCUCCCUCCCCGAGAACUCCAACUCCUGCCGCUCCUCCACCACCACCUGCCCAGAGCAGGACUUUUAUGGCGGGAACUUUGAGGACCCUGUUUUGGACGGGCCCCCGCAGGACGACCUUGCCCACCCUGGGGACUAUGAAAGCAAAAGCGACCGUAGGAGCGUGGGAGGUCGGAGUAGUCGUGCCACCAGCAGCAGCGACAACAGUGAGACAUUCGUGGGUAACAACACCGGCAACCACAGCGCACUGCACAGCUUAGUGUCCAGCCUGAAGCAGGAAAUGACCAAACAGAAGAUGGAGUACGAGUCCAGGAUAAAGAGCUUAGAACAACGAAACUUGACUUUGGAAACAGAAAUGAUGAGCCUCCACGAUGAACUAGAUCAAGAGAGGAAAAAGUUUACAAUGAUAGAGAUCAAAAUGCGAAAUGCAGAGCGAGCAAAAGAAGACGCUGAGAAGAGAAAUGACAUGCUACAGAAGGAAAUGGAGCAGUUUUUUUCCACGUUUGGGGAGCUCACGGUGGAACCCAGGAGAACCGAGCGAGGAAACAUGAUAUGGAUCCAGUGAGCCUGCGUCCCCGGCUGGGAAGAACUCUGGGGAUUCUAGGGGGACGGUAUACAGGAUCAGGUGGCUGGUCACCUGGCUGUACAGAGUCUAACUGGUGAAGGAGUGUCAUUUACAGACAUUAGCCAUCCAUAUCUGCGAUGUGUACCAAAGUUAUAUCAUGCCUCAUAAUGCUACUGUCAAGUGUUACAACUGGAUAUGUGUAUAUAGAGUAGUUUUUAAACCGUAAACUAAAAAUGAGAAGCAUAUUGCAAGAAUUAUUUUAUUGCAAGUCUUGUAUUUAAAAAUGUUAAAUCGAUACGUUGUUGCAAUUUAGCUUGCUUUCAAGCUUCACCUCUUGCACUUAACAUGAGCUAUUUUUGCCAUUGUGUUAUAUCAUCAGCUUAUUUUAUAGAUCAAUAUUUUUAUUUCCCUUUUUGCUGAAGAAAUGAAGAUAAGCAUAAAUAUAAAUAUAUAUAAAUAUAUAUAAGAUGAGUUAUUAAAAAUCAAAAGAA